UCCCUAUUUUAGGUGCCGGCCGGCCAGUCGCCGAGUCUUGCCUCCCACGGCGAUCGAUUUCCAGAACUGAUUCCUCAUCAUCAUCUCGAUUAUUAUUCUGCGCAGUGUUAUUAUUAUUAACCAAUCUAGCUGGUCUCGUUCAGCUGACAUAUGAUGGAAAUCCAGGCCGUGGAUAUGAGUCAACAGCUUCGAACUUCAUUAAUAACUGACUAGUUACUUAGUUGAUACUGAAUAAAGUUAACUAUUGGCCUCAAAGCUGUUCAUGACGCGGGCAUAGAUCCCGGACGGCGUGGCUGGCCUAACCAAACCCCGUGUCAUGAAUUAAAUAGGAGCUCUCAAGGGUAGUGUCACUGCUCCUAUGAUACAUGUUCCAUCGACAUUGUCACGGUGAAUUAAACCAGAAUAGCAAAAUAAUCACUCUCGAAAUUAACCCCCAAAAAAUAUAAAUAUACACUCUACAGAAAUAUAUAUAUAUAUAUAUUUCUCGCAUCAGGCUCAAAAUGGCCGAUCUCAAGCCCCCAUUCACUGCAGAGACGGCGCAGAAAAAGCUCAAGGUUGCUCAAGACGCCUGGAAUACACAAAACCCUUCCAAAAUCGCCACCGCAUACACUCCAGACUCGAUCUGGCGUAAUCGCGACACCUUUCUCACCGGCACGGCCGCCAUCAUCGAUUUCCUCACUGCGAAAUGGCAGCGGGAGAAAUCGUAUCGGCUCCGCAAAGAGCUGUUUGCGUACACGGACGAUCGCAUUGCCGUGCAGUUCUGGUACGAGUAUCAGGAUGCACAUGAUGGGAUGCGCUGGAAGCGAUGCUAUGGUCUGGAGGAUUGGACGUUUGAUCGCGAUACGGGGAAGAUGCGGAAGCGGCAGAUGAGUGGGAAUGAUGUGUUGAUUGGACCGGAUGGGAAUGGGGAAGGGAGGUGGUUUGUUGAUGGGGUUGAUGUGAAUGAGGUGAAGAUUGGGGAGGAGCAUUGGUAGGUGUUUAAAGGCAUUAGGGAUACUUAUUGGAGAGGAGAUGAGUUUAUUCUUUUUUAAAUAAUUUGUUACGGGAAAAAUGGAUGUUUAUCCUACUAUUAUUAUUACGAAAUAUGGUAGAUUGAAGCAGAUGAGGUAUGAAAUUGCUUAUUUAUUCGUUGGA